GUGAGAGUUACUACUUCCGUUCUCGACUAUUUCUAAAAGUCUGAUUAACUUCAACAUUUUUCAUAUUUUCUUCACAUCAUCAUCUUAGCCAUGGUGUGAAUGAAGAUGGCUGACUUGAAUACCCCAUCAUUCUCUCCCGCGCCAUCUCUUGGGGAGGUUGAAGACAUGGUGCAACCGGGCAAUGGUGAUUUACCAGUUUUACUUCCGCCUGAGUCUAAGAAGGCAUCAAAACCAGUCAAUGAGGUGAAGGAGAUGGUGGCAAUGAAUGAGGAUAGCUUGUUUAGAGAACUCGAUGUGGCAGCAAAAGUUUGUGAUAAUCUAGAUGGGGAUAACGACAUAGGAGCAUCUAAGAGUACUGGUUCCUCUUCAGAACAACAGAUGGCAGCACCGGCUGGUAAUGAUAUUAGUAACAGUCUUUUGGCCAUUUCGGAGAAUUGCAAAGAUGUGUCUGGUGCUAAAACAAAAACUGAUUACAAUCCAGAUGAUGAUGAGAGUGAUCCGUUACAUAAUUUACAAAUUCUGAAUGUCACAACGGGGGACAUUGGGCCCGAAAUAGGCCAUGAUGAUAUCAAUGUGACUAGGAUUAGGAGUGUGCUUUUGGAUGCUGAUGGUUCUGAAAAAGAUCUGAUGUCUCCUGGGAUUGUAAAGGGAUCGAACUUUUUAGAACUUGUCCAAGACGGCAUGGUAGAUGAAAUAUCGGGUAAAAGUAGCGGCAAAGAAAAGCCAGUUUCAGGCAGUUGUUCUUCAUCUUUGCAACUUGCUUCUGAUUGUGAUGUGAACAAUUUGGAUCCACAAUCUCAGCUGUCUGUUACUAGAAUGAAAAAUGGUGAGCUGGCAUCGUCGGCCAAUGAACUACAGGAAACUGCUCAGGCCGCAGCUCAGCUUGAAACCACUCUUUUUUCUGAUUGCACCUCCGAUGAAGACUCGAAUGAAAUGGAUACUGUCCAAGGUCCUGAAUCGGUCAGUUUUGGUGCCAACGUCGGUCUCAAAGAACCAGCAGAUUCUGCCAAAACUGUUUCUCAAAUCACUGAUUAUACGAACUCAAGUGGUACAUUAACUGGCAGUGCUGAAAAAUCUUGUACUGAUGUGCCGGAGGUCAAAGGAAAAUCCAGUGGUGAAUUAGACACUUGCAUUUCUAUGGGAUCUAUUUCAAAGGACGGUGAGAAAGCUGUUGCAGAAGCUAGGCUGAAUUUAGACGAUGAUGACUCUGAACUGAAGCAAUCUCAAUCAAAAUGUGCUCUUGAUGAUGUCCAUAUGGUGCCUGUAGACAACGAUGGUGUACUUGAAACAGUGGCUGCUGAUGUUGACCUGGUUCCAUCAGAAAAGGACAGUGAACUUGUGGACAUGGUUUCAUUAAAAAGAGUUGAUGGACUUGAUACAAUACCUGUUGACGUCAACAUGGUUGUUGUGAACUCAGAGAAGGAACCUGAACUCGAAAUGAUCAGUGUUGAGAAAUCAGACAUGUCGGAUUUGCAAGAUGGGUUAAUGGAAGAAAGGAGCAAAGGCACUAAUAAAGACAAAAUGAUGGAUGUAAUGCCAUCUAUCAACCACACGAUGCCUUCCCACGAUGAAGAACUGGGCAGCGCCCUCUGUCUACAGAUAUCGAGCGUGUGUAGCUUAGCGGCGGAUGAAAAUGUCAAUACGCCGUCCAUAAAUGAAAACGUUAGGAUAGGUGAUACUGCUAGUCUAGAUGAUGCAGCACCCACAGAACUGGAAACGGUGUCAAAUGACACUGAGCCUGUUGUCUUGGAGAAUGAAGGAACAGAUGCCAAGGAUUGUGUCGUUUUAGAACUUCCUGCAGACGACGACUCUAAUGACUGUAUGGUCAUUCAGGAAACGCCUCCUGUUGAGAAAUCUGUUGGUGCUUUGAAUGCCUCAUCAGCGCAGGGGCCAGUUCCUAACAGCAAAGUAGACUUAAAUGAACUGGAGCGAUUAUCGAAACAAACACCUACUAUUAAAUCAUCACUCACGGUAAAAUUGCCAAGAUCAGAACGACGGAAACUGCCGGAAAAUAUUAAUGAGAAAAACGAGGAUAGUUCCCAGGUGAAGUUACGUAUUGUCGACCAAGGUGACUUUCUAAAAUGUUGCCAAGAAGCGGUUGGUGUUAGUUGUAAGGUGGCGUUUAAAUCAGCAGAACUGUCGGGUCAGGUCCCAAUGUUUUUCUGUAAUUUUUGUAAUUUCAGUAGCGCAAACCGCAACAUGUUUAUAUCUCAUGUUGUGAAGCAUUUGUUUUUGUGUAAGAAGUGUGGAUUCCAGUCAGUCACUCGGUUAGGUCUGCUUAAACAUAUGGGGACACAUCGGAGCUGUUUGGAUUGCUCGGGUGAAGAUUACAACGUGAUUGCGCUGUCACAGAUGGACAGUCUCGUUGACGAAUCACAUGAGCUAGAAAAAACCAGUGUGUUUAACGAGCCGCCAACCUCUAAUGAGAUUAUUCUAGAAUUCGGGAAAGGAAAGCGUUAUUUCUGCGCUUUGUGUGACUUCCGUACAAAUACAAAAAUGGCAAUGGAGCGCCACGUUUUAAUCCAUGCUGGCUGCUGGAUUUGUCCGCAUUGCUUCAAUAAAUUUGAACAAUUCACACCGGCCAUAAAACACCUCAAGUCUGUUCACAGCGGGGAAGAGGUUAAGUUAUACAAUCGCGUUGUCAAGGGGUCAGCGGAAGAUGACGCAGAGAGCAAGGCACCACGUGUUGUCGUCCAUCGCCUAAUGAACGUCACUGUGGUGAAUGACCCGAUAGAUGUCACAGAGUAUCAUUACGAUAUAUGUACCUCAUACUUGUAUCUGGUCGUGUUUGCUGACUUCCACAUGCCGCUUGUCCGCUCGGUUGCCACAGGCGACAUGGAGGACAUCAAAGAGGUCAAAAGGUUACACCAGUUGUUCGUCUCAAGGUCGCGCUUCACCGGUAAAGAAGACUCCAAAACGUGGCUUUGCGAUGUGACUGGUUGUAAGUUUGCCGGCCAGUUUGCCCCACUUGUUGCCCAGCACAGUGUUCUGUGCCACCCAGGUGUGCAGCCGCGGAUUAAACACAUGGAAGACCAGAAUGACAUCUUCACAACACUAGUAUGCAGGAGUAUGAAGGCCAAACAUGACAACCUUGUUGAAAUGAUGACGGAAACCAACAGAAUGAUCCCCAAUGGUGUUUCUGAAGGUCGUAGAAGUGCCAGUAAACGGGCGUACAAUGCAGAAAAAGCGCGGGCGAAAAAUGAUUAUGUUGUCGACAUGAUGAUUGAGUCUAAUCUUUGUGAUGGAAAAAAUGUCUCUGAUAAUUCUGCAGUUGAGCAAGACUCCACAUCUACUGGGCUUUCAACGGGAACUCUUAAAAGGAUUGAACAACUUGUGAAUGAGAGGAGGAUCACAAGUUCUCCGACUGCUAAGUCACCACUUACUGCCAAGGCACCAAACUUAACGAAUCUGUUAAUGAAUAAGCCUUCAAGUAUUGAUGCAACUCUGGACUCAGUCAUCAACACCAAGAACAUAGUCAGCUCACAGAAUGUGACAGUGAACCAAAACACUGGAGCCACGACUGCUCAAGUUGUGAUGCCAAGUUGUCUGUCUCAACCGAAUAUGAGCGAGAUCGUCACAACGAAAGCAACCACUAUCACUUCUGUUGACAUGGCGGGGAACAAGAAGAAUAUCGUACUGCCAGCAAAUAUGACGAUCGGGCCAAAUACGGUCAUUAAAACACCGGAUGGUUACUUCCUGAUCCAGCCAUCAACAACUGCCUCUAGCCCUUUCAUCACCAUGCCACCGGUACUCCUGACAACCAACUCAACAACCGGUUCCACACCUCCUGUUAAUAUAACAACCCCUGCAUCCAUGAUGACCAGUUCAAUGGUAAACUUGACCAAGACAAGCACAGUUCCAAUCAUGAGUACAGGAGUACAAAAGACUUUUACAAAUUUCCCAAAUUUGACUAAUAUUCAGCGUGCAUCAAGUCCAUUGCAUGCAACACGUCAAGCAGCCCGACGGAACUCGUCCACAUCAACGCCAAUUGUGUCAAUGGUGUCCUCAACGGUUACAACGAGUACUGCCACCACCUCUGCUUCAUCUAAUGUCUUGCCGUCCAAUCUGCCAUCGGGGAGUAAAUCCUUCUUCAAACUCUCGCCUGGAACCAAUAUCAGCCUCAACAGCGGCAAGAACAAGUUUACCCUCAUCAACAAAGGAGGACAGUUGUUUCUUCAACCAACGGAUUCUAAAGGGGCAGGCAUGUUAGUCCCUGUCAGCUCUGGUCCUAAUGGUAGAUUACAACUCAAUGCGUCACAAGUGCCGGUAUCAACCCCAAGCCAGUCAGGUCCACUUACAGCGAGAAUGAAUGCUCCUACUGUGCCUACUGCCACUACUAAGACUAUCAAUCAGUUGUUGUCAAUUGAGCCAACUAAUGUGACAACCACAGUAUCCAAACCCACCAACUCUACACCCACGGAGGUUCCUCGCAGGAUUUACACUGUAAAUGCCAGUGGUGAGGUUGAGAUAAACACCAUUCCUGAUGGCACGGUCAAAUCCAAAACAACGGAUAACAACAAGUCGCUGCCAGUUGACCCGUCAACAAUCAAGAAAGAAAAAUCUGACGCGCAAGACUCUGUUUCAAAGGCUUCCACUUCAUCAGCACCACAUCGUAAUGUAAUAGCUGUUUCCUCAGUGACAUCUUCAUCAACUUCUGUAACAACCCUUUCACAAGCUUUACUUCAACAAAUCAACCGUACAAAUAGAAGUGCACCUAGGGUAGUACUUGGCUCUGUCGUGUCCUCCAUUGGUUCUGCGAACGUCUCGAGUGCCAACCAGCCAACGUUGAUCAUCUCUGGACGAAAUCAAACUCCAGUUACAAUUGGUGCCGCUACAUCAUUAUUACGCCAGUUCCAAACAUCUCAUGGAUCUCAGCCUUCUGUGCGGAUAGUCCCAACGGGAUCUCAGCUCUCCACUUCCGGAAAUCCACCGCCAAUCGUUGUGAUGAGAACUUUGCCAGGUACCACAUCGUCAGUGACUACACCUAGUUUUAGUGUUGGGCCAAGGAUGACCAAGGUUGUCUAUCACUCGAUUGACAGCAAUGGCAAACGGAUUGUACAAGCUAGGGUUGUUCCUACGUCUACAUGUACCUCGGCUCCUCGAACCGUACGACUGGCUCCUUCUGGAGCUGUAGAAGAGGUUGUAAGCAACAAACCCAGUGAGCCAGGCCAUGUGUAUGUCCCCAUUGAGAAUUACUGCAAGGUUGUCUACACUCGUGCCCUCCCUAAAUUCUCUUGUAACUUCUGCACAUAUACGACAUCAGACCGUAAAGAUAUUCAACAACAUUUAUAUAAACAUAAUGGGAAGCGCUGGUAUCGAUGUCCAUAUUGUCCUCAUGAAUCAACGGUCAGGAAAGUUAUAUUCAGCCACACUGUGGUGUCUCAUCCUGGGAAGCGUGUCGGUCAGUGUAUCAGCAUCAGUUUCCAAGGGGAUGAAAUCAGUAACUGUCCAUUCUGUGAUUACACAAGCAGUACAAUGGAGGAUAUUGUUGAACACAUUGCUUCUGAACAUCCGGAUCCUUCCACAGAUAUCGAGUCAGCGUUAAUGCACAACUCACAGGAGGAGGAUGACUGUAGUGUCCCUCAUGGAUACCAAUGUAAUCAUUGUGAUUUCUCAAAUGCGGAUUUGUACUGUUUGAAAGUUCACAUUCUCAUUGAACAUCGGGGACGAGAGUUGAUUGCCGUGAAUCUCAUGCAGAACGCCGACACAGAAAACCAGGACCUUAUCUUUAUGUGCAGUAACCGCAGCUGUUUGUACUCAACGACCGUUUAUGAUGAGCUGGUUGCGCAUAGCGAGCACUGCAUCCCACCAUCGGAGGAUCCACUGGUGGAGAAGCCAGAGGAAGAUGACACGGAGGAGGAGGAACAAAAAGAUACCUCAUCACCCAAGGCAACCAUAGACUCCGAAACUGAGUCUGCUUCUUCCCCGGUUAAGAGAUACGUACCAAACACCAAAGCUGUUGCUUCUUCUCGUAAAAAAUCCCGGACCUGGGGUCCAAAAUGUAAGAGGCGAAGAGUCCUGGAAGUGAUCAGUAGUGAUGACUCUGAAUCUGAUCAAGAAGAAGACAAAGAUGCAGAUGCGGAUGCUAAUAGUGAUGCUGAUGAUUCCGGUACCAGGUCGUGCCGUUUCCCAAGGCAAGCAAAAACAAGCACAAUGAAUCUGCGGCCAAAGAAGCGGAAAGUCAGGAAAUUGGUUAGUAGCGAUGAUGAGUCGGAAAAAGACAGGGAUGAGAUGGAUGACAGCAAUUUGGAUGAGGCCGGACUUUUUAAUGAUGCUGGAGAUACAGAAGACGAAGAUUUCCAGAUUACAAUUAACAAGAGUGGUGAUGAGAGUAACUCUCAAUCAGCCCUCGAUGACUUGCCUUUAGAGAAAGCCAGUGAACCUAUUGAAGUGACACCUGGAGUUGAUAAAGAGAAGUUAGAGUCUGUCGUUGAGGGGGGAAUCUCAGAUGCUGAAUCAGUGCCUCAAUCAGAGAAGGAUGAAUCAGUCCAUGAACCUGAAAAGGAGGAUGAAUCAGUCGAUGAGCCUGAAAGAGUGGCCAACAAAGAUGAAUCUGUCCAUGAAUUAGAAAAAGACGCUGAAAAGGACAAACAGUUAAAAUAUCUGCCUGAGGAUGGCGCUGAAUCUCAAGAAGAUGAACCAAUCGAUGUAGAUAUGCCAUCUGCUGAUGAUAACGCUUCGGAUGCAGAAAAAAACUCCGAUGCGGACAGCAUGACCUUGAAUGUUGAAUCUACGAUAAAUCAGUUGAAGUCUCUUGGAGCGAGUAUAGAGGGCUCUUCAGUCAGCGACAUGUUCAGUCCUCGUAGUUUCACUGAACCUUUCAAGUCUCCGGAACCAGAAGAGUUGCAGGAUAAAACGCCACCGUUGAACCAAGACACUUGGAAUAGCAAGGAAGAUGACAGGAGAAGGACACUAGAGGAUAUAGAAGCUCAUUCUGAUUCAAAUGGUGAAAAUGAAGAUGAAAAAUCGUCCCAGUCUGAUUCUGAUAGUGAAAUGCCUUUACUGAAAAAUAUUGACCUUGCUGAUAAGAAAUCAGACCCAAAGUCACAAUCACUUUCAAGUUCAAGGUCAUCUCCAAUGCCUGAUCUAUAUAUAGAACCAGAUGUGCAGGGGUCUGAAGAAGAGCCUGAAAAGAAUGAUCUUGAUACUUGGUUGGAUAAUAUUGGGAAGAGUAGCAACUUGGUUGUGCAGCGGGCAAGUGCAGAGUCAGAUAGUGAAGAUUUGGAGUCUGAGAGCAUUGGCAGUCAUGUGUCAGAAUCUGUGGAUGAUCGGGGGAUCCGUUUAUUUGAGGAUGUUGAGGACGAGCGGUGUUCCGUUGGUGGGGUGGAUACGGCGGCCAGUUACCAUGAUGAUGAGAGUAUUUCCGGGCGUGAUAAAGAGAGACUUGAGGAAGAUGAUAGGAAGCCUGAUGAAGAAUUGUCAUCAGAUAAGGUAGAUGAGGAUAGCAAUGGGGAGGAAAACAAAGUGGAGGAGGCUCCAAAAGGAGACACAGGUGGUCAUGAAGAUAUGAAUGCUGAACAAGAAACUGAAUCUGAGACGCUGCCUGAUGAUGGAACGAGUGAGGAAGUUCCUUAUCUGCCACCAGAGGGCCUCAUGUCACCUGAUCAGAUACCCGAUCUUGAUGAGAUACCCGCCGAGGAGGAAAGUAAACUAUUUGAUGAAGCCAUAAAUAAUUUCAUAGGCUCAGUCAAAGCUGCACUACCCAAAAAGAAACCUGCAUCUCCAAAAAAGCGCCGAUAUGUAAAGAAGUUUGUCUCCAAUUAUACUGGAAUGCCUACAGGAUAUAAAUGUAUGUACUGCGAUGAAGCAAAUGAUCACGUUUUACCGUUGAAGAUUCAUAUAAUGCAUUUUCACCCAACGGAGAACCUCGUCAGUAUCGACUUGAAGGCGCAGUAUAACCGUCAACGGAAAUAUGUCCAGUUUUGCAUGCUGCGCGAAUGUGACUUUUAUUGUAUGAUAAUGAAAGACUUGGUGGCGCACUACGAGAAGUUUCCAAACCAUGUCGUACAAGAAGAAGUGGUCAAGUCGUUAACAACAAAAGCAAAAACAGAACGGUUGCCAAAGAAACGCCGUGAAGUUCUGCCAGCUGCUUCUGUUGUGGAGUCUGCUCCUGGGGUGGUGUCAGCUCCUGUUGUCGUGUCAGCUCCUGUUGUGGUGUUAGCUCCUGGUGUAGUUUCUGCUCCUGGUGUGACUGAGCAGACGCCACUCUCACCAGCAGGUUCAUUUGAUCUGCCUGACCAAAGUGAAGUUGGUUCCGACAUGACUUAUGAUGAUGAUGCCACUAGUUCUGCCUCUGCCUUCUCUGAAAACAUUUUCUCUGAAUUAGUCGGCCCGACAAAGGUCAGGAAGAGGAAACAAGUGAACUAUAACGAGGGACAUUUGGCCGGUAUAACGGAGGAAUUGGAACCGAAGAAAAAGAAAAAGUUUGUUCGAAAGGGUCAAAAACUGACGGAAGGCAGCCCAGAGUUAGAGGCAUCCCCUUCUGCACCAGCUACAGUGUCGGUUCCUGCAGCAAGGCCUGGGUCUGUACUGCUUGCACCAUUUGCUCCUGAGAUACCUGAUGAAGCAGUGGUACUUUCGCCAAAGAAAAGUGACAAACUAAUCCCUCUCAUCAAGAUUGUGUCUGUGAAAAAGGAGGCCAUGGUCAAAAAGGAAAGUCCUACUAAGAAAGGCUCAUCAGUUGUUGUGAGUGAUAAGGCGGAUAAAGUUUCCACCGAUUUCAAAUGGAAUUUGAAAUGUGGCCAUUGUCUUUUCCAUGAUAAGAACGUGCCAAAUAUGAAAAAUCACCUGACGGAGAAACACGCUGACGAACCCAAAGUUUUUGCCACUGAUGUCUAUGCGCGUCAUCAGCGCAAGAAGUCGUCAAUAUUUAUCUGUUUAAAACCGAAAUGUGAUUACAAAACUUACAAGUAUGAGAACAUGGUUCAUCAUAAAGACUCUGACUGUGGGAAGAUACCACUGCCUGAACCGGUCACAGCCAAUCAGUCAUUCUCCGAUAUGGAUCAACCAGUCUCAGAUUCCACCAGUGACUAUUCCCUUUACUCGUCACCGCAGUCCGGCAAAACAGCAUCGCCGCUCAAGGCCUCACCGUGCUCUAGAGUAGCAAAAGACUCCCAGAAUGCCCACCUGAGUAUCCCCGACGUCCAUAAGUGCCAUUAUUGUGAUAACUUCUCUGUUGACAAUGUAAACAUUGCUGUCAUCGCCCAAAUUCAGCAUCACCACAAACAGCAUCAUCCUGAUGAGAAGUGUGUCCUCGUGAAUGAGAAAAACCGCUUUCUCAAUAAGCCGAGUCGGACCUUUGUUUGUGUUGAGUACGGUUGUACGUUCUUCUCGGCUACAGCUGCCAUGUUGUUUGCACAUCAGACCGGGCAUGAGGACCCGACGAUGAAAGAAUUCCAUCCAGAAUCUGAUGUGCUAGCUACUUAUGAUGAUGUCAUGGAUUUGUAGUUGUUCUUGACCAUUCUAGCUGACCUUGACCUCUAAGUCGUUGUCCCCAACCUUUUGACUGAAAUUGUGUAUCUUUUACACUUUGAAACAGGAGAUAUCCUAGGUGUUGUAUGAUUGUAUUAGGCAUUCACCAUUAAAGAGAGUUUGAGACAGUGAUUCUGUUAAUGGUCGGUCAUUCAGCAAAAGCACCCGAGUACAGAGGGUGCUUUUCUUUCAAGAGUCGCUCCCUCCCCAGAAGAGUAAAGUAUAAAAUGUUCAUUUCUUCGUCAACAUUUUCAGUCCUGUACUAGAGUAUACAGAGACUGCAACCUCUUGGUACUCCUGUGAUGAUGUUAAAGACGUACUUACUUGUAACAGGCUUCCUCCAAUGUUACAUUUGUUUGACAUUCCAUGAACUAUAAAGGAUACUGACAAGAACAUUAACCUUAAUGGUACUCAGAAUGUAGUGAAAUGAAACUUCAUUUAGUUUACACUUCAGAAAAUGUAUUUUGUAAUGAAACGACAUGACUUAUUGAUAUUUUGAGCCUGGAGCAACCCCUGUCUCAUGUUUGAUGUCUGCAUUAUUACUGAUUUUACUGUUUUCUGAUGGCAGCCCGUCUUCCGUCAGAAGAGUUGAUGUAUUGUAAUCAUGUUGUCAGAUGUUUUUCUAGCAUUAUGCAGCUUGUUUGUGGUGUCCACAAUAAUUCAAACUGCCAGAGUUGUGUAUACUAAUCUGUAGAUUGACGGGAGUUGUGUAUACUCAUCUGUAGAUUGACGGGAGUUGUGUAAACUAAUCUGUAGAUUGACGGGAGUUGUGUAUACUCAUCUGUAGAUUGACGGGAGUUGUGUAUACUAAUCUGUAGAUUGACGGGAGUUGUGUAUACUCAUCUGUAGAUUGACGGGAGUUGUGUAUACUCAUCUGUAGAUUGACGGGAGUUGUGUAUACUCAUCUGUAGAUUGACGGGAGUUGUGUUGUUGGCUGUAUAGUGACUGCCAGUGUAACAGUACUGUUAACUGUCCUCAUGUGGACAGAGCCUAUCCGAAUAUGUUCAGUUCCUCUUAGAUUUCUAAGUAUUUUCCAAUAAAUGAAGUGCAAUACAUUGA